AUGAUGGGAUCAUAUUGGAGUGCUCACGAGUGUGAAGAAUGCCCAUGCAGCUCCCUCUCUGUAAAAAUCAUAAGGAUGAGAAAUCUGAGAAAGGCAGAUCUGUUUAGUCAAGCUGAUUGCUAUGUAAGCCUGUCCUUGCCCACUGCUUCCUCUGAUACUGUCCGGACCAGAACCAUCAAGAACUGCAAAGAUCCAGUGUGGAAUGAAAUAUUUUGCUUCAGGAUCCAAAGCCAAGUAAAAAAUAUUCUUGAGAUGAAAGUCUAUGAUGAAAAUACAAUCACUAAAGAUGACCUCCUCUUCACUGUCCUCUUUGAUGUUGCUAAAAUACUGCUUGGAGAAACUGUUCGCUUGACUUUUCAGCUAAAUCCAGAGACACAGGAGAUGCUGGAAGUUGAGUUUGCAUCAGAGAGCAUUCCAGUUCCUCCUGAAAAGCUUAUCAGUAAUGGUGUCUUGGUGUCUCGUGAAGCUUGCUGCUUGGAAGUCCUUGUGGAAAAUAGACAGAAGAAAGAAGCUUCAGAAAAAGACUUCCUGUUCACAGUGAAUGGAUCCUAUGAACAGAACCAAACCCUGUCACUGGGCUCUUCCCUGCAGCCUCCAAGGCCUCUCAUCUUCCAUUAUCUCAAACAUGGUGUGGCAGAGCUGCACAUGGCUGUGGCAGAAAAGAAGCCACACUUCUGCUUGUAUACCUCAGGUGAAGAGAAGAAAAACUGCGUUGCAUCCCUCACUGUUCCUCUGGAUUCACUUCCCUUCAAGGAGAAAGUAGCAGUGGCAAAGAAUGAAACAAUCAAUUUACAUGUAAAGUCAAUGGACUGGUCAAGAAACCUUGAUGUUCGCUUGGAGUUUGAUCUAUGCAUGGAGGAGAAAAUUUUCCUACAGAAACGGAGGAAGUUGGUGGCUUCUGCCCUGAAAAAAGCACUUAACUUAGAACAGGACCUACAAGACCAUGAGGUUCCAGUUGUAGCAGUCAUGACAACAGGAGGUGGCACUCGGGCACUGACAUCUUUGUUAGGCAACCUGCUAGGUCUUCAAAAGCUGGGUCUCUUAGAUGCUAUUUCUUACAUCACUGGGUCAUCUGGCUCAACAUGGACGUUGGCACAUCUGUACCAGAGUCCUGACUGGUCACACAAGGAUAUCUCUGGACCAAUCCGUGAAGUCCGCAGACAUAUGACCAAGAGCAAGCUCAGCUGCUUUUCUCCAGAGAGCUUGAAGUACUAUGACCAAGAGCUAAAGCUGCGGAAGCAAGAAGGAUACCAGAUCUCUAGCAUUGAUUUCUGGGGGCUCCUGCUGGAAAGAGCAUUAAGUGAUGGGAAAAACAAUCACAGACUGUCUGAUGAGAGACGGGCAUUAACUCAAGGUCAGAAUCCCCUUCCAAUCUACAUGAUCCUCAACAUCAAAGAUGACUACAGCCUUCCAGAGUUUAAAGAAUGGGUUGAGUUCACACCUUAUGAGGUUGGGUUUUUAAAAUAUGGCGCCUUCAUUCGUGCAGAAGAUUUUGGCAGCAAGUUCUUCAUGGGUCGCUUGAUGAAGAAGCUUCCUGAGUCUCGGAUCUGCUUCAUGAAAGGCCUGUGGAGCAAUGUCUUUUCAUACAACCUUUUGGAUGCUUGUCAUUCAUCAGAUCCUUCAGAAAGGUGCUCACUGAGGUGCACUCAACCCGCAGCUGUUGAUGUUGAAGGAGAUGAGCCUUCUCCACCAGUCAGGAACCAUGAGUUGGAGACUUACAUAGUCACCCCUGAAUGUGGCAUCAUGGGCAUUGUUCGGGAAGUCCUGACUGAGCGAGUAAUGGUCUCAAAGUUCUUCAACUUCCUAAAAGGGUUCCAGAUGCACAAUGAAUACCUUCAGAGCAAAAGCUUUUGUAUAUGGAAAGAUACCGUGCUAGAGAAUUUCCCCAACCAGCUGACAGAAACAGCAGAGUUCCUGUGCCUUGCAGACACAGCAGGAUACAUUGAUAUCAGCUACCCACCACUCAUGAGGCCGGAGAGGAAAGUGGAUGUUGUCCUGCACUUAAACUAUUCUUCUGGAUCACAGACAUCGCCUUUGGAAGAAGCGUCAAAGUACUUCUCAAAACAGGGAAUUCCAUUUCCAAAAAUCCACCUGAGUGAAGAGGAGAAGAAAAAUCUAAAGGAGUGCUAUGUAUUUGAAGAUGCAGAGACACCAGAGGCACCAACAGUGGUGUUUUUCCCUCUGGUGAAUGAUACAUUCAGAAAAUAUAAAGAGCCAGGUGUGGAGCGCAGCUCUGUUGAGAUGGCACAGGGCAAUGUGGAUGUUUCUGGCAUUUUUUCCCCAUACUGCAUAAACAGCUUUACCUACACAGAGGAGCAGUUUGACAAUCUGAUAAAACUGACCAGCUACAACAUUCAGAACAACAAGCAUAUGAUUCUUCAGGCUUUGAAUUCAGCAAUAGAGCGGAAACGACAACACAAAAAAUAAAUGCUGUAUUAAGUUUCAGAAAGAUGUCUGUAUCACUUUUUCUCCC